AUGGCUUCUCUCAAAGACGCCAGAGCAGUGGUUGAAGAAGGUGGGUAUACCAACUGGGGACAACUCCCUGAUUUUACUCACAAAACUGACAAGUUUGGUUUGGGCUUUACUUCAGGAGCUCAAAGGGAUGUUCGACGUGCUCGAGCUGGAGGACCUCCCCUACGCAUCAUUAAUCGGGGAAUUAAUGCAAUUGAAGACAGUGAGGAAGACUCUGACAUUGACAGCUGGAUAUACCCGCAAAAUUCUUCCUCAGUAAUGGAAUCCUCUACAAGCGCAACCAUGACUCUACCUUACUGUGGUGUGUAG